GCUGUGGCGGCGCAUGCGCACGCGCACGAUAGGCGCGUUAGCAGUAGGCGUUACACCGAAAGAUGCUGCUGCUGACCAGGCUCUGGCUUCUGUGGCGUCGACCUCCGGCUGCUGGGGUGCGGGGGAAGAACUUUGGAGUCAGAAAGGUCGCCUCUGGCGUCUCUUCCCCAGGCAGCGCGUCGCCCAGAGCCCUAAAUAUCUUCGACCGGCGUUUGAAGAGGAAACAGAAGAACUGGGCGGCCCAGCAGCCCGACCCUAUGAAGUUUGAUUACCUAAAGGAGGAGGUUGGAAGUCGGAUUGCAGACCGUGUAUAUGACAUAGCCAGAGAUUUCCCCCUUGCUUUGGAUGUCGGUUGUGGAAGAGGUUACAUAGCACAACACUUGAAUAAGGAAACUGUUGGAAAGUUUUUCCAAGCAGACAUAGCAGAAAAUACUUUGAAAAAUACCUUAGAAACGGAAAUUCCUACUGUCACUGUUUUAGCUGAUGAAGAAUUCCUUCCUUUCAAAGAAAAUACAUUUGACCUGGUGGUUAGCAGUUUAAGUUUGCACUGGGUGAAUGACCUUCCUGGAGCACUUGAACAGAUUCAUUAUGUUUUAAAACCAGAUGGCGUUUUUAUUGGUGCGAUGUUUGGAGGCGACACACUCUAUGAACUUAGGUGUUCAUUACAGUUAGCAGAAACGGAAAGGGAAGGAGGAUUUUCACCACAUGUUUCUCCUUUCACUGCUGUCAGCGACCUAGGACAUCUGCUUGGGAGAGCUGGCUUUAACACACUGACUGUGGACACUGAUGAAAUUCAAGUUAACUAUCCUGGAAUGUUUGAAUUAAUGGAAGAUUUACAAGGGAUGGGUGAGAGUAACUGUGCGUGGAAUAGAAAAGCUCUCUUGCACCGUGACACAAUGCUGGCAGCUGCAGCCGUAUACAGAGAAAUGUACAGAAAUGAGGAUGGUUCAGUACCUGCCACAUAUCAGAUCUAUUACAUGAUAGGAUGGAAAUACCAUGAUUCACAGGCAAGACCAGCUGAAAGAGGUUCUGCAACGGUGUCAUUUGGAGAGCUAGGAAAAAUAAAAAAUUUUAUGUCACAGGGGACAAAAUCACAAUAAAUAUUUUAUUCAGUGUUACUGUGGUCCAGAAUUUUUAUCAGAUAUGGGUAACUACCAGAUCUGAAAUUAUUACAUGUUGAAGCAAAAAGGAACGUAUUAGCUAUUUACUAGCAGACUUAUCAAAC